UUCUCAAAUACUUUCAGAUCCUAAAGCUAUUGGGGAAUCUGAUGGGCUGACGGGAAUCUAAUCUAUCCCCAUGAUCCCUCCAUUUCUGACGUAUCUGCUAUUUGGAAGCUCUGGAUGGGGCAAUGCAGUGGACUCUGCCCGCCCCCAAGUCCAUUCCACCUCCACCCACCCCCACCUGGGACUAUUGCACAAGGGGUCUGAAAGUGGCUGCAGGAGCCAGGCACAGAGCUCAACUGUCACACUCAUAGUUCAGGGAGCCCCAUGCUUCCCAAACUCCAGUCUGCUCACCCUUUUCUUGAUCUCCCCAGAUUCUCUUCACAUUACCCUGACCAAUCUUCAACUCUUCUCUCUCUCCAUGCCCAGCCAAAUUUCUUUUUCAGUCACUUACAGGACCACUGAUCAAAAUUCACUAGGUAGGAGGGUCAUCCGCUGGCAAGAACGGCGCCUGGGGGGGACCUGGCUGGAUAGGUAUGGGAAACUCGGGCCAGUCACAUGGUCCCCGGCCCCCCCAUGGCAAUCCCCCAACUUUAAGCACUCUUACUCUCCUGCUGCUCCUCUGUGGACAUGCUCAUUCUCAAUGCAAGAUCCUCCGCUGCAAUGCUGAGUAUGUGUCGUCCACCCUGAGCCUUAGAGGUGGGGGGAGGCCAGGAGCGCUUCGAGGCGGCGGCGGCCGGGGUGGAGGGGUGGGCUCCGGCGGCCUCUGUCGAGCCCUCCGGCCCCGUGGUCCCGCCCUUCCCGGCGCGAGCCCCGGACCCCCCGCCCCGGACCCGUGUGACUACGAAGGCCGGUUUUCCCGGCUGCACGGUCGUCCUCCCGGCUUCCUGCACUGCGCCUCCUUCGGGGACCCCCAUGUGCGCAGCUUCCAUCACCACUUUCACACGUGCCGUGUGCAAGGAGCUUGGCCCCUGCUGGAUAACGACUUCCUUUAUGUCCAGGCCACCAGCUCCCCUGUGACAUCGGGGGCCAACGCUACCACCACCAGGAAGCUCACCAUCAUAUUUAAGAACAUGCAGGAGAUCAGAAGGUCUACCAGGCUGAGGUGGACAAUCUUCCUGCAGCCUUUGAAGAUGGUUCUAUCAAUGGAGGUGACCGACCUGGAGGCUCAAGUUUGUCCAUUCAAACUGCGCACCCUGGGAGCCACGUGGAGAUCCGAGCUGCCUACAUCGGCACAACUAUAAUAAUUCGGCAGACAGCUGGGCAGCUUUCUUUCUCCAUCAAGGUAGCAGAGGACGUGGCCAGGGCCUUCUCUGCUGAGCAGGAUCUGCAGCUCUGUGUUGGGGGGUGCCCUCCAAGUCAGCGACUCUCUCGCUCAGAGCGCAACCGUCGAGGAGCUAUGACCUUUGACACUGCCAGACAGCUGUGCAAGGAAGGGCUUCCAGUUGAAGAUGCCUACUUCCAUUCCUGUGUCUUUGAUGUUUUAAUCUCCGGUGACCCCAACUUUACUGUGGCGGCUCAGGCAGCUCUGGAGGAUGCCCGCGCCUUCCUGCCAGACUUAGAGAAGUUGCAUCUCUUCCCCUCAGAUGCUGGAAUCCCUCUCUCCUUAGCCAUCCCUCUUGCCCCACUCAUUUCUGGGCUCUUUGUUCUGUGGCAGUGCAUUCAGUAAGUAAGCUAGCAAUCCCACGGGUGGUUUGGAAAUGAUUAGAGAUUGGCAUGGGAGUAUGUGAAGAACCACUACAGGAAACAGUGAGGACUAGGAGACACAUGAAGCAACAACGCGUAUCCAGAGUCAGGUGAGGCUGCAGUCCAGGGUAGAAAUCAUCACAGAAUAAGGAUUCUGGGCAAGAUCUCUGCAUUCCACACCUCUGGAGGCACCCUUCACCAUUUCCCCAAAUUGUUCCAGUCCAUCUAUUCCCAAAGUCAGCCCUUUACACUUAGGUUAUGAGCAUCCCAAUGAUCUUAAGGGUGGAGAUUUUUUAAGAGCCAAGAACUGAAAGAGGAAGUCAUGAUCAUUACUCAUAAGAAACUCAAAAUAGGAGGAAUAAUUAGGUAAAGAAGUCUAUUUGAUGAACAUAUGUGGGUAAGGUAUGUUCUAUUUUCGUGGUUCAGAAAUGAAAUGGGUGUUUUCUGGAUCUUAAGUGAAGGGAGUUUGCAUUUGGAGAAGGGCACAGACAGGACAAACACCAUGAUCUCCAUCCCUAACUAACCUGGUAUUAAAGCUCUUAAUUCUCCGUUGCCUAUGUUGAACCUCUGUACAGAUAAACUCAAGUGGAAUAAAAGCAAACUGUUCACUUCACUGA